AUGCUUAGGUUUUGGUGGGUACCUACCUCCACCCGGUGUGAAUCUGUAUUUUUGCUAGAUUCUGAUGAGUACUUACCCUCAUCCGGUCUGAACCCCAUUCUGCAAGAUUCUGAUGGGUACCUACCCCCAUCUGGUCCGAAUCCCGUUCUGCAAGAUUCUGAUGGGUACCUACCCCCAUCCGGUCCGAACCCCGUUCUGCAAGGCUCUGAUGGGUACAUACCCCCAUCUGGUCCGAAUCUCGUUUUGCAAGAUUCUGAUGGGUACCUACCCCCACCUGGUCCGAACCCCGUUUUGCAAGAUUCUGAUGGGUACCUACCCCCACCUGGUCCGAAUCCCGUUCUGCAAGAUUCUGAUGGGUACCUACCCCCACCUGGUCCGAAUCCCGUUCUGCAAGAUUCUGAUGGGUACCUACCCCCACCUGGUCCGAAUCCCGUUCUGCAAGGCUCUGAUGGGUACCUACCCCCACCUGGUCCGAAUCCCGUUCUGCAAGAUUCUGAUGGGUACCUACCCCCACCUGGUCCGAAUCCCGUUCUGCAAGAUUCUGAUGGGUACCUACCCCCACCUGGUCCGAAUCUCGUUCUGCAAGAUUCUGAUGGGUACCUACCCCCAUCUGGUCCGAACCCCGUUCUGCAAGGCUCUGAUGGGUACCUACCCCCACCUGGUCCGAAUCUCGUUCUGCAAGAUUCUGAUGGGUACCUACCCCCACCUGGUCCGAACCCCGUUCUGCAAGGCUCUGAUGGGUACCUACCCCCACCUGGUCCGAAUCCCGUUCUGCAAGAUUCUGAUGGGUACCUACCCCCAUCCGGUCCGAACCCCGUUCUGCAAGGCUCUGAUGGGUACCUACCCCCACCUGGUCCGAAUCUCGUUCUGCAAGAUUCUGAUGGGUACCUACCCCCACCCGGUCCGAACCCCGUUCUGCAAGGCUCUGAUGGGUACCUACCCCCACCUGGUCCGAAUCUCGUUCUGCAAGAUUCUGAUGGGUACCUACCCCCACCUGGUCUGAAUCCCGUUCUGCAAGAUUCUGAUGGGUACCUACCCCCAUCCGGUCCGAACCCCGUUCUGCAAGGCUCUGAUGGGUACCUACCCCCACCUGGUCCGAAUCUCGUUCUGCAAGAUUCUGAUGGGUACUUACCCCCACCUGGUCCGAACCCCGUUUUGCAAGGUUCUCAGGAUGCACUUUUUGGUAGUUAA